CCAUGAUUAAACCAUAUACUACAAACCGUUACUAGUAUAGUGAUGUUUUUCUCAUUUCAUCAAAAUUAUAUUUCUCUUAUCCUAUAUUUGCAGCAUAUGGACACUGGGCCUCUAUCCAGUCCAACCAAUAAAGGACGAUUCUUAGACAAAGUUCGACAAAGUAACCAAGCAAUUCAAAAUGGUGACUUCAAACAUGCAAUCACUCUCUAUACUGAGGCAAUCAAUCUUGACCCUAUCAACCAUAUACUGUACAGUAAUAGAAGUGCUGCACAUGUUAAAGUAGGCGACUACCAGAAAGGACUACAAGAUGCUGUUAAGGCAAGAGAGCUGAAUCCAAAAUGGGCAAAGGUAGGUGUUAUAAAUAUAAGCAUUGAUAAUUACAUCACCUUGUAUUAAACUCUACUCCCUCUCUCUGAUCCACUUUACUACUUAG